AUGGCGUUUCCUCCCACGAUGGCCCUAUCGCGCUCGCUGUCGACGCGAGUGAUGCGAGCCAGGUGCUUCACAGGGGACACAUGGGUCGAUGAUGAGGUGGAAGUGUGGAUAUUGGCCGAGGUAGUUCGUCAAGACAACACGCUGCUAACUGUCCGACGCAAGAGCACAGGGGAAGACAUUGAAGUCGAUUUGGGCUUUGGGGAGGCGCACACGGCUAAUCCCAAAGUGGUGUCGGACAUGACGUCCCUUCACCACAUUCACGAGGCCGGUAUCCUCUACAACCUGAGGGAGAGGUCCAAGCUCGAGGGUCAGCGACCAUACACCUUCAUGGGUACCAUUCUUAUCGCCGUGAACCCGCUGCGAAGAAUCCCCGACCCGGACGUGAGCGAGUACAUGAACCGCUCCCUCGACCCCGAGGCUCCACAUCCCUACGCCAUCGCUGAGCUGGCAUACCACCAGAUGCGACUAGGAACGGGGCGGAAAGCAGCCAAUCAGUCCAUCGUGGUCUCCGGGGAGAGCGGCGCGGGAAAGACCGAGACCAGCAAGAUCAUCCUCACCUUCCUGACACAUCGGUCCGCGGGGGGAGUGGCAAGCCUGGAUCAGAAGGUGGUGGACUCCUCUCCGAUCCUGGAGUCGUUCGGCAACGCCAAGACUCUGCGAAACAACAACUCGUCGCGGUUCGGGAAGUUCCUGAAGCUGCAGUUCACAAAGGACAAGCACCGACUAGCGGGCGCGUUCAUCGAGACCUAUCUGCUGGAGAAGAGCCGCGUGCUCACGCCAGGGAUGGGCGAAAGGAACUUUCACGUCCUCUACCAGCUCGUGGCCGGCGCUUCGGACUUGGGCUUAGAUCUAAAGCUGGAGGGCGUGGGCUCGUACAAGAUUCUCUCCCACGGCGAUUGCACCGCCUUGGAUGGCGUGGACGACGCCAACGAGUUCAAAGGGGUCAGGGCCGCAUUCGACACGAUCAGGAUGAGCGAGGAGUCGCAGCUGCAGGUCUGGCAAACGCUGGCAGCGAUGCUGCACCUAUCGAACCUGGAGUUCAACAAAGUGGACCACCAGCAGGGCGAGAUCGCCGAUAUCUCCGACAGCGAGACCCUGUCGACGCUGGCAAGGCUGCUUGGGGUGGGAGAAGGGGCGCUCGGGAAGAUGCUGACCCAGCGGGUGGUAAUCACUCGGGGGGAGACUUUCACGAUUCAACUCGGCCUGGACGACGCCAACUUCGUCCGCGAUGCCAUCGUGAAAUCGCUCUACGAGGCCCUGUUCUUGUGGAUCGUGUCCGUGAUCAACAAAUCCCUGGGAAAGGGCGACGACGGCUUGCCGUUUAUCGGCGUGCUAGACAUUUUCGGGUUCGAGAACUUCGACACCAAGAACGAGUUCGAGCAGCUGCUCAUCAACUUCACCAACGAGAGCCUCCAGGACACGUUCAACAAGCAGGUGUUCAGCAACGAGCUCCGCCUGUACAAGGAGGAGGGGAUCGAUGUGGUCGUGUCCACCUGCCCCGACAACGCCGAGUGCCUCAGUAUGCUCUCCGGCAAGCCUGGGGGCAUCAUCCCCAGCUUGGACAACAUAUGCGCCGAGCCCAACCCCAGCGACGCCCGCUACUUGGACGGCCUUCACAAGGCCUACUUACGACACCAAGACUUCCCGCAAACCUCACAGAAAAACAUGCGCGAAAAUUUCUGGGUUAAGCACUACGCUGGUAAGGUGAAGUACACCGUGCACGGGUGGGUGGAGAGGAACAUGGACCGGGUCCCAGAGUCUUUCGGCACCACGCUGGCAACCAGCAAGCACCAGGUCGUGCAGGAGGCCACCUCCAAGUACCGCCAGGCCCCCGCCAGCACUGCCACGACACCAAAGACCGCACGGGCGCGCAAGACGUUGGUGAAGUCGACCGUGGGCAAGGCUUUCUUGGCGUCCAUGCAAGACCUCAACCGGACACUUUUGAGCACGACGUGCAACUUCAUCCGGUGCAUCAAGCCCAACGCGGCCAUGCAGUGCGGCGUGUUCAGCAACAGGUACGUGGUGGACCAGCUCCAGUGCCUCGGGAUCCUGCAGACGUGCGAGGUGCUCAAGGUCGGCAUGCCCACUCGUGUCACCUACAGAGAGCUGAAGGAGGUUCUCGGAGACAAGGCCGCCGAGGCGGAGAAACUUUUCGCGGGGGAGCCGGAGACGGCCUUGAUAGCGGCCAUCCUCUGGGCUUUCGAGGUUCCGCUGGAGGUGUUUCGUUUGGGCAGGACGCGCGUCUUCUUCCGCGCCGGCCAGAUCUGCACCCUCCAGAAGAUUCUCAAUGAGACCGGUCCGGAGAAGGGUCCCUGGAUCUUCGGUAGGCUGCAGGAGGCGCUGGCCAACAGGCACAAGGCCAAGGCCACCGCGGACGAGGCUAAGGCUGCGGUCAAGUCCGCCCAAUCGGCGGUGAGCGAGGCCGAGGAAAAGACCACCAAAGCCAUAGGAGCAAACGAAGAAGAACAAGAUGAAGAGGACGAGGGCGGAUUGCCCGCGCGCCUCUCGCCCACGUCCGUCUUGAGCAGCGACGACGAGUACCUGCUGGAAUCCGCGGCAAAGAAGGCCCGCAAGGCCGGAGCUUGCGUCCCCCAGGUGGAGCAAUUCGUCCAGGCGGCAAGAGAGGAUGGGGUCGGCACGUUCGCCGCCGGAGCCUUGGAACGACUCCUGGCUGCCUCGGAGGAAGCUCUCAAGAGCAUCAACGCGUCUUCCGCAGCUGCGGAAGAGCUGGAGGGGGUCACGCAAUCGGCAAAGGGGGGCGACGCGGCUGGAGAGAUCCGUAGAAUAGGGGACGCUCUCGAGAGGCUCCGGGACGAUUUUCGAGAGGCGAAGAACCUUGCCGUCGGCUCGGAAGAAGCAGCAGCCAAGUGCCAGGUCGAGAAAGCCCAGGAGUUCACGGAGCAGGCGAAGCUCAAGGCUUCCGCCGUUUCAGCGCAAGCCACCGCCGUCACCGGCGACGCCAGGGAGUUCGCCCUGGCCGCCGAGCGACAGACGGAGGCCCUGCAGAGGGCAAAGGCUCUGCUCCCUAGGGUCACGGCCGCCACGGAGGAGGCUCUGGCUGCCUUCAGCGCGUUCAAGACAACGUUGAGGGAGUCUAGCGCGGCGGAAGAGACGGCUGCGAGGGAGACCGUCCCGAACAAGCCUUGCAAGACUGGGGGGAACGAGGACGAUGACAUGUCCAACCUCACUUCGGAGGCUCCGAAGCCAGACUCGCGCGGCAGACUGAUGCAGAAGAUGCCCUCGCGGUCCGUGCAAGACCUUUUGGACACCACCGACACUCCCACCAUGAGCGUCUCGCCGAAACCGGAACCGAAGGACGAUGUCGACGGCAGCUUGAAGAACCUGGCCGUCGCAAAGCCCGGUACCAGCAGGGCGAUCGGCCGCGGGGGGAGCACCAUCAGCGCCAGCACCAGCAGCAUCAGCAGCAGGCUCGCGUUCGAAACCAAGUUCAAAGAGGCCGCCAUUGCCGGUCGCAUGGAGGGGUACCUCAUGAAGCAGAGCAAGCACUCCUCUCGCUGGAAGUCGCAGUUCUUCCGGCUUGACGACGGGUUCCUCACCUGCUACGACAAGAAGUCCCUCGUCGGCACCACCCCGAACAAGGAAAUGGAGCUCACGGGCCACUCCACGGCAUCAUUCGCAACCACAAAGAACUGCUUCUGCGUGCGCACGGAGGACGCGGCGUGGUUCCUCAUGGCGAGAGACCUGGGGAGCAUGAACGAGUGGAUGACGGCCAUCAACGCGGAGAUCCACAGGCUUUUCGUGAAGCUGUACGACGUCCCCGAAGACAACUACUGGAGCCAAGGGCUGCAGGGCCGGUUCUUCUACCGCAUGGCGGCUGGGGCACGACCCCAGUGGAUUCUCACCUACCCUGAGCAGGCGGCUCCGCGGACUGGGGACGGGCUGUUCGAAGGGGAUGUCAUAGACGUCGUCCAGGUACUCACCCACAAGGAGACCGGGAAAGUGUUCCUCCGCAUCGCCGACGACAGAGGGUGGGCCCAGCGACGAGACCCCGUGGACAACACCGUCCUGUCGAUGAGAUCAACGGCGACCUCACCGAGGAUACGAAGAAGUAUUUCUUUCCACUCGACGCCAGGGGUCUCGUGCCGAUUCUGCUCGGCCCUGGAAUUGAAUCUCAACCCACGGGCGAGCUUCUUUUGCCGGGGCAGCACGCCGAGGCGGCCGAGCGUUUCACCCCCGCGGGGGAGUCCGGCGUGGUGUUCAUCAAGCUGGCCGACGGUCGGGGGUGGGUCCCCGUUUUGAGAGGCGACGAAAACCUUGGGCGAUAGCAGCAACAACAGCAGCGAGCGGUCGCUGCGCAUACGUCCCCGCAAAGAGCGGCGGGGGGCGGCAGGCAGCGUCAGGCGAUGUCUAGCCCGGUCGGUAGAGACGACGUCAGGCAGCGGCAACAAUGUUUGAGGCGUUCCGUCGCGCUGUGCUUUGCUGCUCCUGCCAUGGUUGAAUACGGCGCUGUGGAGCAGCCGGCGUGCCUUCUUGAGUGAGGAGAACCGUAUAGAAAAAAAUUGUAUGGUGGUGACGACAAUUCUCCACCAGUUGUAUGUAGCCCGUCGCUUCUGUGCGCCGUCGCUCGUGAUCGUGGCAGGAACGAGUUCCGCACGAACUAACAGUCAGUCAGUCAUCGCAGUGCAAAAGCAGAGCGUGCGAUAUUUAGUUUUGUUCUGCGUUAUUAUGACCGUCCUCUUUCUGAUUUUUUUUUUCACUCGCUGGACCGACGGGUGGGGAGCGUUGGGAGACAAAACCUCUUCCCUCAGGAUUCUUGUUGUUACCGGGUGGGGGUAGGGGCGUAAGGGCUGGCCGUAGCCACCGCCGUUGGCAUCACUUCCCCCUCCCCAGUUCCGCGGCUACCAAAGCGUAUAGCGCCUACGUCGUGUGGAAGCCCGCUGUGUAAUAUACACCGGGCUGUUGGCCUGUAGGGGGUCAGCCGGAUACAGUGCGACACUCGCGGCCAGUACAAAAAAGUAGUGAGUGUUGAAAUACAUCCUUGUGUGUGCAGGUACCUUACUCACGGCCCCGCCUCUCUGUAUUUUGUCUCGUCGAGGCUGGGUGCCUGAAAAUUGGUCUG